UUCAAAAAGCCUUUCACUGUUUUUUCAAAAAGCUUCAAAAACAUAACCUUAAUUUUUCGAAAAACUUUUACCAUGUCCAUUGACGUUUUUAUGGGCGAUCUUAAUCUUGAUGUAGAAGGUGACGACGAGACUAAAGAGCUGUACGUUCACUUACGCCAAAAAAGUGCUGGAUCGUCAUCUAGUGUUACUGAAAGUGGCAUGGAAGUAGAUGAGGAUAUUGCUGACGAUUUGGAGGUUUUCCCUGAUAGUAAUGACGAAGCAGCAACAAAAGUUCGGACGAAGACAGUGCCCGCAUUGAUGAGACUUUAGAAGAAGCACAUACUCGUGUAAAGAACUAUUGUAGCCUUCAUUAUAAUCAGCCCGAAUUUAAGCACGAGGAUAAAAAGAAAAGAAUCCACAUGAAGUAUAAAGAUGAACAGAUAGGAUUGUUCAUUGACUUGAUCGCUGCUGGCUCCGAUGUGAAAUCAGCCUGUAAUUCAACUGGUAUCAGAUUGCACUCUGGUUAUAAUUAUAGAAAAAAGUAUAGAGAAGACCCAGAAUUGGGAAUCCCUGAAAGAAAGAAACGAAGUCCUAAGGGAUCCCGAUUCAAAUUAAAAGACAGGCAUGCAGUAUCUGCUUUGCAGUCAGCAGGCAAAGCUGUUUCUGUCAAUGCAAUUGCUCAGCAAAUGACUCAUUUUAUAGUGAACAAUUACAAUGACAUGUCAUUCUUCGUUUACAAGGCUGAUUGGAUCAAAAGAAUCAUAACCACUUUUCAAUUAACUGACACAGCAUUUUCAGGAAGUAAAAUUAAUUUCGAGAAAAUUUUCUGCUACAUAGAUAAAGCAUUGGGUAUAGAAAAUAAUUUAUUACUCGAAGCCAACGAUUUGGUCACUAUGACAAAUCACUAGCCAAUGACAUCCCUCAUCCUCAUCCUCAACCGCACCCUUAACCAACGCAUCAUCAUCAAUUAAUAGUAAACAAACGAAGCUUGAUGAUGUGGAUAAAGUCAAAAUAAGAAAACUAUACAGUAAUUUGGAUGAAGAAAAGAUGUGGAAGCUUAAAACAGGGACAAUUGUAGAGAGACAAAUGGAACGUUUCGCCUUAAUAUGCAACUUCGAGCAGUGAGUCUUUUUUAGGUUUUAAUGUCAUCAUUUUGGAAAUGUCUAG